AUGCUCAAGUCCAAAGGAACCCGCAAGGCCUCGGCUGCCCCUUCGUCGCGCGCAUCGUCUCCUGCCAUUUCCGACAAGGACUCGGAACACUCGAGCCACUCGGGCCACUCGCACCACUCGCACGACCCAGACGCCGACGACGCGUCGACAACGCUCGACCUGUCCUCCGUCUUCCCCUUCUUCCUUUUGGCCUUUGCCUCGCUGGGCACUGGUUUCCUCCUUGUCUCAUGGGCCCACCCGCUGCUCGAGUCGGACCCUUUGCGCGCCGUCCCCGCCCUCGUUCUCGGCAUUGCCAGCAUGAUCCUCAGCCCCGUGAUCGGCUACUACCUCUCCCUCAGCUUCUGGCAGCUCACAGCCCGGAUCUCGCUCAACGCCCUUGUCGCCCUCUUGCUCGCGGUCGUCGUGUACCAGGGUUGUGCGCUGUCGGUCCUGCAGACCCAAGUCGACCUGCUGCGCGCCGAGAUGGACGGCAUGCUGCAGAUUGGGGGUGUAGAGGAGGGAGGUGUGGUCAAGGGCCUCAGGCGGUUUGCAGGUUGGUAG